AGCUUCCGGUCUUACUUGAACCCUCUUGAACACAUGUUCCGCUAUCUGUGGUCUGCUGUGGCUUGUGUCGCUCGUGUUUUUUCCGUCUCUCGAAGCAAUACGUGAGCGUGUGGUCGUGAACCCGACUGCGAGUCGUCAUGAAGAAGCGUUUUCACGGCAAAAGUAGAGGAGGCAAACAUUCGGCGGGUCGUGUAAACAAGCAAGAGCGACUGAGCUGCGAUGACACCUCGGAUCCGAGACCGGCGAGAGACUCCGACGAUGACGACAGGGGCGAGGAGAGGGUGCGUUGGCCCUUCUCGGCGGCUAUGUGGGAGCUGGGCCACUGCGAUCCCAAGCGAUGCACGGGACGCAAGCUAGCGCGCAAGGGUCUCGUGCGGCUACUGCGACUGGGGCAGCGAUUUCCCGGAGUCGUACUCACGCCGUCGGCCACCCGCUGCUUGUCACCUGAGGACAGGGAGGUGGUGUCGCAGCAUGGCGUGGCGCUUGUCGACUGCUCAUGGGCACGGCUCGAUGAAGUGCCGUUCGGACAGAUGCGCGGAGGCCAUCCACGACUGCUGCCCCACCUCGUGGCUGCAAACCCUGUCAACUACGGCCGACCCCUGCAGCUGUCGUGCGUCGAGGCAUUGGCCGCUGCCUGCUACAUCACAGGCUUUGAGCAGCUAGCCCGAGAGUGCCUGAGGCCCUUCAAGUGGGGACAUGCCUUCCUGGAGCUUAACGAGGAGCUUCUGGAAGCCUACAGUACAGCCGCUAAUGGCACGGCUGUCCUGGAGAUACAGCAACAACAUUUGGAUCAGGCUCGCUGGGACAGACAAAACCGAGGUGACAUGGAGCUGCCACCAACUGACAGCAGCAGCACUGACAGUUCAGAAGAUGAAGCAGCAGAUGAGUCCGUAUCAAAUCGGUCCCAGGAAGAAAAGACCAUUGACAAAGAACCUGCAGUUGAAUGUAUGCUUGCGGGGCUAAAAGCAACAGAGUAAACACUAAUUGUACAGACAA